UUAAUGUAAAACCUGCACACAUCAUAUUACCUGCCUAGAGCUCAGUGAACAUUUUUGCGUUAUUAGUUUAACAUCUAAGCAUACAGCCGUUACCAUGAACAAUACUACGACGACCUGUUGUGUAUUGUUGAGAUUAAUGUACACAAUUUUUUCCACUAACACCGAAGAAUCCACUGUUGAGAGCCCUACAAACAAUAUAGUCCUAAGAAGUUUAUUUAACACUUCGUGUCACAACGACGACGACUGUCAAGAUGUUCGAAUGUAUUGUCCGCCGGAAAUCGCCAAGUGUCAAUGCUCUAAAUUUCAUUACUGGGAAGAAGUCAUCAGGGAGUGCGCUCUAAAUAAAACAGAUCUAGAAGUAUGGUUAAAAGCCGCAGUUACAACACCGGCAACAAGUAAGGCAGAGGAUUUUGUAUUAGGCACGAUGCACACUCAAGUAAUAAUUCUGAUGGGAAUCGGUGCUGGAUGUAUAGUGGUUUGCGGUUUGUACGGGUGUUGUUGUCGGAACGAAGUGAACGUAGUAGUGAAACCCAGCAAGGAAAAAUUACUGAUCGCAAAACCGGCUAAAAGGAGAUCGUUCCGGUAAAAUAGAAAAGGGUUGAACGCGCCAACACGCCUACAAAAGUAUAUUAAUGUCUAUAGUGUUGACACAAAUAAGAUAUAAAAAAUUCAGUGUUGACUUUGUUGUCUUACAAAAAAAAAUAAACAAACAAACAAAUCAAAUUAAAUUAAAUUAAAUAUUAGAAAAAAAAUAGUUUACAAAAUGGUAUAUAUAAAGUCUUUUCUAAGAAUAUUAUAAAACGCCAUUAAUAAAAAAAAAAUAUUAUCUCCAUGCAAGUUAAGUUAAUUAUUAUUAUAAAUUAUAUUCGUUUGUUUUUCUUCUUGUUUUUAGUUGUAUUUAGUUUUGUACUCAUACAGUUUUUUCUUGUUUUUCAUUAUUCUCAUCUCCGUUGUGAUGUUUGUUGGCCGAAUCGACCGACAAGUCACAGUCAGCGCCGCCGUCGUCGUCGUCUGAUUUCGAUUUAGACUUUAGUUUUUGUUGUCUAUCAGACUUCUUACGAGAGGACGUCUUGUUCGUCUUACUGGCGGCUUCUUUGGUCUGCCCGAAAGGACAGUCGGCUAUAAGAUGGUCCGUGGCCUUGCAACUGUGACAACGCUUCGGCAUUGGUCCUUCAGUGCAUUUGGCUGCUAUAUGGUUUGCAAAAUCUCCGCAAUUGUAACAUCUAGUUCAAGAAUAAUUAUUUAAAAAAAUUCAAAAUUCUACGUGACAACAAGAACAAGGAUAUCGUUCCCCAGAUAUCUUUAAAAAACAUUUUCAUAUAAAUAUGGGACCCUUGAGAUGAUUUUAAAUCGAUAAUAAUUUUAUAAU